ACCACGUGCCGCAGCCUGUGGCGGGCCGGGGCAGGGAUGGCGGCCGCCAUGGAGCCGGAGGUGGAGGACCCGCUGUGGAGCUUUGUGCGGGUUCUGGAGAAGCGAGAUGGGACAGUGCUUCGACUGCAGCAGUACGGCUCCGGAGGCGUGGGUUGUGUUGUGUGGGACGCCGCCAUCGUCCUUUCCAAAUACCUGGAGACGCCGGGGUUUUCUGGCGAUGGGGCCCACGUGCUGAGUCGGCGCUCGGUGCUGGAGCUGGGCUCCGGCACGGGGGCCGUGGGGCUCAUGGCUGCGACUCUCGGGGCAGAUGUUAUAGUCACUGAUCUUGAGGAGCUGCAAGACUUGCUGAAAAUGAAUAUUAAUAUGAACAAGCAUCUUGUGACUGGUUCUGUUCAAGCCAAGGUACUGAAAUGGGGUGAAGACAUAGAAGACUUGACGUCACCAGACUACAUAUUGAUGGCAGACUGUAUAUACUAUGAGGCGUCCUUGGAACCAUUGCUGAAAACAUUAAAAGAUCUCAGUGGAUCGGAAACUUGUAUUAUAUGUUGUUACGAACAACGUACAAUGGGGAAAAAUCCAGAAAUAGAGAAGAAGUAUUUUGAGCUCCUGCAGCUAGACUUUGACUUUGAAGAAAUCCCUUUGGACAAACAUGAUGAAGAAUACCGAAGUGAAGACAUUCAUAUUGUAUACAUCAGAAAGAAAAAACCAAAACCGCCAUCAUGAAACCCUUUUCCAUCUUAGCCAUGCCCUCAACAUCCUGGGUAAGGUAAAGAUGUGAACAGAGCAUGUGCAUAUCGCAUGGAAGAUUGCGUUACAGAUUUCUCCAGCAUGUCCUUAGAGAUCUGGUUCAUGGAUGACAACUACUGUGGACUACCCACAGUGUGAAAUGCCUGCCUGCCCGUGGGCUUGAAAUCUUACUUAGCUCAGCAUCAAGUUCUGCUUAAAAGAAACAUUGACAAUCACUCAAAUAAAAAUUAAUUUUAAGGGUAGCCUCAAGUCUGAAGCAGCAUGGUUCAUUUUCAGGAAACUUAGAAAUAAGUUGAUUCAAUUUCUAAUGGCAUCUAUUACUGUAUAGUAAUGUUCUGAGAGCUGGUGUCAUGGUGGUGUAUGCCUUUAAUACCAGCACUGGGGAGACAGAGGCUCUCUUGAGUUCCAGACCAGCCUGGUCUACAGAGCAAGCUGGCUCCACGCAUAAUAAGACUGUCUCCAAGGAAGGAGGGAAGGAUGAGGAGAGGAAAGGAGGGAAGAAAGAGAGAAAGAAGAAAAAAACCUAAAACUAUAGAUAAGUUGAUCCAAUCUGGCUUCCAGUGAUAGCAUCUCUUAUAUACUAUUGUUUAAGGUGGAAGCCGUGAAUUCUGUCUUUAAAGUUCAAAGGCAGUCUCACUUACAUAAUUGUGCACUAGUUUGUCUGGUUUCCCUUGUGUUAUGUUUAAUACUUACAUGUUCUUCAAAAAGAAACUGAAAAUAUGUUUUGCACCUUUACUGGCUAUCACAGGUAGGUGAGUGAACUAGAGUUUGGGGUGCUGUAGCUGGUCACUAAGAAGAUAAGUCAGGAGACAGGGAGCAGGUGCUGUCUCAGAGGGAGGUGUGAGGAGAAGCCAGUGCAGGCUUCUGUGCUCGCGUGGCUCUGGGAGUUUUUCUUGUGUAUUCGAUCCAAGAAAAUCUGAUUUUAAGCUACUGAUGUUGACAUCAUAUUUAAAUGAAAUUCUGUGUACAUUUAUCAAAUGCUUUCUACUGUGUUGUUUCCAACUUUUGUUCCAAUAAUCAUCUGCUCACAUAGACGAAUAUGUCAAUGUCUUGAACACCACAUUCCAAAAAGUAAUAACCAGAUGGAAUUCUGGAAUUGACAGUCGUUGGUGCUAGAUGGCACACUUUAUAUGCUGAAAUAAACAUCGUUUUUUGAAA